GGUUCGAAAAGCAUCUAAGAAGAACCCUAGCUACCUAAAAUCAAUCCACACUUGUCUGCUUUUAGACAACGUUGGAUGUAAAAUCUUCUUGCUCGCAAAACGAAAUGGACAACUCCCAGAAGAAGAAGAUCGAAACCCCAACUCCAAAAUCCAAAUUCGAGGAUUCUCCAGUGUUCAACUACAUUAACAAUCUCUCUCCUAUUGAAGCCGUCAGAUCAAUCCCCACUGUUCAGACCUUUAGCUCUCUCAGUUUCGCUUCUCCUCCUCCUGUAUUCACCUCUCCUCACGCCUCUUUUCACAGAGAGUCCAGGUUCUUCAGAUGUCAUAACUCUGUUGAGCGUUCAAAGGCUUUUGAGUCUCUAGAUGGGUCUGCUUCAAAACAAGAAGUUGUAGUAGCGUCUGGUGAAGUAGAUCUAAACAAAGAGGCUACUUUGGAAGAACAAGAAGAGGAAACUUCUUGUGAGCUGCCACUUAUCCUCAAGUCUCACAGCCAAGCUUCUGACCAUGUUGAUUCUCCUUGCACUGGAGAUAUUGUCACCCAAGUACUCAUAGAUCCUCCUCGAGGAGAAGACAAUGCUUCUACUUCUGAGGAUGUCAGUGUGAGACUCAAGAAGAUUCUUGAUAAUGACACUCCUGGUUGUAGACGUUUGAUGGCAGAUGCAGCUGAGCUUUUAGUAUUUCGAUCUCCUAAUGACUCUGAGGCUUUUGGAUGUCUUGUGGAUAAGAUAUCUAGCUCUGAGAGACGUUUCUGCGCUGGUGUCAAGCUAACCAAGCAGUAUGAUAUCAUCAAAGAUGUUCCAGCCUCUGGAUCCAGCACUGAUAAUGAGCCUUUGGCUGUGGUUCCAAGUCAGGCUGUCUCUAACUUGCACCGUGGUAGCAUGCGAAGACGUUGUCUAGACUUUGAGGUGCUAGGGAAGCGGAAGAAGGAUAUAGCUGAAGAUCAGCAAACUCUGUGUGAAAAUAACGCAGAAUCUUCCUCGAAAUGCGUUGUACCCGGUAUUGGUCUCCAUCUAAACGCCAUUGCAAUGGCCUCAAGGGGCAGUAAGAUCAAUAUCAUACAUGAGGAUUCAGCAUCUGUAGAGAUUCAAAAGAGUUUCCCAGGCUCUACCACUCCGGUUAACUCCCAAGACAUCAUGCCAGAAACUUUGGACCAAGCAGUAAGUAAGCCUGGGGAAGGGUUAGCUGUAGAAGAAGAAACUCCCAAAGCAUUGGUGUUGGAAGAGUUGAAUCAGGACAGCCUUCAGAAAAAGAAGCGUAGGGUUGAUGAACCUGGAGAGGGCGAGUCAUGUAAGAGAUGCAACUGCAAAAAGUCAAAGUGUUUGAAGCUUUACUGUGAAUGCUUUGCUGCUGGGGUUUAUUGCAUAGAGCCAUGUUCAUGUGUAGAUUGCUUCAACAGACCUAUCCAUGAAGACACUGUCUUGGCUACUCGCAAACAGAUUGAAUCCAGAAAUCCACUUGCAUUUGCUCCCAAAGUCAUCCGAAACUCUGAUUCCAUCAUGGAGACUAUUGAUGAUGCAAGUAAAACUCCAGCUUCUGCACGUCACAAACGGGGCUGCAACUGCAAGAAAUCAAACUGUCUGAAGAAAUACUGUGAAUGCUAUCAGAGUGGAGUUGGCUGUUCCAUAAACUGUAGAUGUGAAGGAUGUAAGAAUGCAUUCGGCAAAAAAGAUGCGUAUCUACUUACUAUCAUGGAGAGCAAACAAGAGGAAGAUGUGUCGAAAAUCCAACAAAAUCCCGACCUGUCUAAAGAAGUCGAGCAGAACCCAAGUUCUGAUCAACCUUCAACACCACUGCCACCGUACAGACAUAUGGUGGUUCAUCAGCCAUUUUUGUCUAAGAACAGGCUGCUUCCUACACAGUUUUUUCUUGGCGCGGGUUCUUCCUCUUUUAGAAAGCCAGACGGUGAUUUAAAGCAGGCAAGGAAUGAGAAGAAGCCUCUUGAAACGGUGACAGAAGACAAAACAGAGAUUAUGCCUGAGAUUCUCAGCGAUACCCCUAUAACUACCAUCAAGGCGAUCUCUCCCAACAGCAAGAGAGUCUCUCCUCCCCACGUUGGCUCCUCUGAAUCAGGGUCAAUCCUAGGGAAGAGAACUAAUGGCCGCAAACUGAUUUUACGGUCCAUUCCAGCUUUUCCUUCUCUUAACCCAAAUCAGUGAAAUAAAAGAGCCAUUUGGUCAAGCUAUGGAAACCAAACUAUUUGUAUCUUUGUAAGAUUCUCUAGAUGAUUUUAAGCCUAUAUAAGCAACAUGUUAUUGUAAGAUACUUGUCUUUUAGCAGGUAAUGUAAUAUCUCAUUCUAGUUUAUAAAAAACAUCCAAAACUGAACUUGAG